CACUACAAUGUAUAAUCGUAUUGGACCUGGACUCACAUUUUGACAGUAUGAGAACACCGUUGUAACAAACUUUCUCUGUGUUUUAUGUAUUUUCAAGACAGCUUGUAACAUUUUAUAAUUCUACCUUUCUCAACACACCCAGGUGAAGAACCUGCGCUCAAUGGUUUCCCGCGCUGCCAUGAUUACGCUGGCCCACCUGCACGCUCACCUAGGGCGAGGCAUGGACACGGAGGCCGAGGGCACAGCCCAGACACUGCUGCCGAAAGCUGGAGAGGCCAGCGGCUUCAUCAGGGAGGACAUGGAGCUGGCACUGGGGUACAUGGUGCUCAAUGUCACCCCCUCUCGCAGCAUGAACGCCCUCAUCAACACAGGACUCAGACAUCGUAAUGCAGCCGUGAGGAAGACCACUGCACAGUUCCUGGAGAGACUGGCAGAGGUCAUGGGGGCAUCCCGUGUCCUGUCAGGGAAAAAGGACCUGACUGACCGCUUCAUUCACUCCAUCAGCUGCCUGGCCCUCGACAGUGCACAGGAAGUCAGGACCCAUGCCCGUAACACGCUGGCAUUUUUGGCUUCCCAUCCUGACCUUAUCAAGAUGGUGGACAGAUUCGCCCCUCAGAGAGAUCAAGGCACCGUCAGGGACAUCAUCAACAAAUGCCAAAAAAAAAUAUCCAUUGAAGUGAACAUCCAAGGUGGAAGAAUGAAAUAAUUAAUACCGGUCUACACAACCCUGAACAUUUUGAAAAAUGUGCUUUUCAAUCACCUUGUUGUGAUCAAAAAAAUGAGAAUGCGUCUUAAGCAAUACACCAUCCCUACAUAGUCGCCGAUCCAAAUUAAGAAGGAAUUCUGGCAUCAACAAAGGAUCAUCUAGACUAGCAGAAGCCCACCAGCAGACUACCAGCAAGACUAAGCUCCUUCUCCCAUUCCAGUCUGCUCUCAUUCACUCUCAAGCAGCUCUACAGCCCCCAACCAGCUGCAGCAUUCAAACAUCCAUUUUUACAGAAUUUGUAUAUUGUUUCCCCCCCCACAUCUUUCAGUUUCUUUUUUCUGAAACAAGUAGAAAAUAAAGGGGCAAAAGAUCA